AUGCUCAUCCACAAUGGCGUCCUCUUCAAGCGCGGGUCCGGCCACGGCCUCUUUCAGCGCACGAAUUGGAAGCCGCGGUAUUUUGAGCUCACCGAGACGCACCUCUCGUACUACAGUCACCAAGGCGGCGCGCUGCGCGGCCACAUUGACGUGGCCGCCGUCGACAGCAUCGAAAUGAUGCCGGUGGACGCGGUCAAGACCGGGUCGUCGGCAUCGACCAACUGGCGCCUUGGCGUCUGCACACCGACGCGGCGACUGCUGCUCGCCGCCAACUCGGAGGCCGACAUGCGCGCGUGGGCGCUUGCAUUCGUACGCGCGGCGGCCGAGCUCCGGCGCCACCAAAAUCGAGGAAAAUACACCGAACGCUAUGUCCUGCGCAAUGCGUAA